AUGUCGACAGUAGAACGAAAAGAAUACCAAGAAACUAAAGUAAUGCGAACUUUAUCGCCGACGAGAAACUACCACUCGAAUCAAAACCUGUCGCAAUUCGACAACAAUUUAGAUUAUCUCUUGGAGGACUUGCAGAACUCCGUUUCCCGACCGGGCAGUUCCUUGGGGUACACCAAUGGAAACGCCACCCGUUCCUACAGGGAAACCUCUCAAACCUUGGACGCCGGCAGGAGCAACUCUCUCAGCAGGAUAACCAAUUUGAAGUCCUCUAAUCCCGUUACCGAGUACUCCUCCGACGAUACCUACAGUUAUAAGAGUCCGGAUGGAAGGCAAACGGUGAGUGGGUACAAAAAAGAAAAAUACAUGUACGGGUCGAGUUCUAACGCAACGUCGGAUAAACUGAGAGCGCAGAAUAGCAUUAAUCAACUAGACAAUCUCCUGGACGAUUUGCAGCAAGUGAAGAAUUCUUCGUUCUCGAAAAUAGAAUCUUAUAAUAGCACUGGAUCCGAUCCAAAUUAUCAGAGUUCAAGGAAGCCGGUCAACAGAGAACUCCACUACGGCGAUACUCCCUUGAAAACAGCCACUUUGGAGAGGGAAGGCGAGACGAUCAAAAGAGACAUAGAGUAUUUGAGCGAAGGUACCUACAAGGAACGUUCGACCCGUCCCGUAUCGCCUGCGAUCAGUUCCAGAACUUCCACGCUGAGCAAACAGACCAAAGUGAGCAACAUCCACGACUACCCCAUUGAAGUCGUGGAAACGGUGAAGCCCGACAUCGACCCCGAAGUAUUGGCGCACAUAGACUCGAACCUCCGGCCUCCGGGCAACACUAAAGUGACCACGACCAUCAAAACGUACACCUACGAGAUUCCCGGGUCCGGGGAAUUCCCGACGAAUUUGACGUUGAACGAUUCGAGCGCCAGCGAGCAGAAAUACGUGUAUUCGCCCAAUCAAACCAUCACGACUCCCAGCAAGAGUUUCGUCUAUAACAAAGUCGAAAAUAAGGAGAAUACUUUGUACCAAGAUUACCCGCCUUAUCAAAAACCUACACCACCAGGUGGCGUUCUAAUUAAGGAAACGAUAACGACGCGCAACUAUCAACCAGGUUACAGGGUAGAUAGGUCCCCUCCGACUACAAAUCAAUCUUAUGUGUACAACGAAACUAAUACUAUUACGGAAAAUACAGAAAAUGGGUACCCGCCGCCGCCGCCUCCGAUGCAGGUAAAGGAAUCCUACGGUUUCAAGGAGAACGUCACCAAAAGAACCCAACAAUACCCCGAAAAUUACCACCCUCCAGGCGGCAAGGAAAGUUACUACAUCAAAGAAACCCACACCAGCUCCAACAAAACCGACGUACCGUAUUCGGAGCGAGGAUACCCCGUAUACAACCCACCCGACUGCCGCAAUCCGCCGGGCACCACGACUUACUAUUUGAAAGAAACCCACAAUUCGACCAACGACAAUCGCCCGGGCUCCCCGUACCACAACGGCUACCCGCCCAACGAUCCGCCCAACAAAACCGUCGUGUACAAGCACGAAACGCACACCACCAACAACACCUACGGCCCCAACCGCCCCAAAACUCCAGAAGUCGAGACCUUCGAUCCCAAGAGCCCGCCGUACCCCAACAAAAACCAGCCGAACGAGCCGAUCAACAUUCACUACUCGUACAAAUCGACCAGCACGACGCAGAACAACUACAAGGGGAAGUACCCCGAUGGGGAGAACGAGCCGCUGCUGCCCGGGAGGUUCCCAACUGGCGACGGGCCGGACGGGCCGCCCAAGAAGGUGGACGAGCUCAUGGCGACGCUCGGACGCGAGCCGCCUACUAGCCCGCUGAACGCGGGAUUCCUGCAGGCCGAGCAGGAGCGGGCCCACCAGAGGAAGAUCGACACGCUGAAGAACCAAGCGAGCGAGGUGGAGGACCUGCAGAAGAAGGAGCCGCCGCCGAAGACGAAGAACGUUUCGGGACCGCCGGUGUACUAUCCUCCCGGUGAUAUGUUUAUGAAGAAGGAGGAGGGCGAGGGCGCUUGGAGAGCUCAGGGAGGAUACGCCAAGGCGUCGGGGAAGUAUCAAUACGAAGCGGAGAGCAGGAGCAAGUCGAAGAGCAGCAGCGGGGCCACGGUGGUGCCGGUUUGUUUGCCGCUGUGCUGCGGUUUACCUUGUACUAUAUUGUAG